AAGACAAACAAGCACCUCUCCAAUGUCGAAAAGAAGAUGACGCCUACCUCUAGCAACAAUGCCUACCGCCUUUCACCAUGCGCGGAGCUCCCACAGUGACCGCCUAUCGCAGUUCCCGGACACGGUGCUGGUGCAGAUCUUUGAGGCCGUCGCCACCAUCUCCAAGCACGACCUCUGCAAUGUAUCCAGACUGAACAAGCACUACCACGUGCUCGCAGAUGCCGUCCUGUACAAGACGGUUCACUUCUUGACGCCUGAACUUCACUUUAUCUUCAGCGAGUCGCUCACCCGUCGGCCGCGUCGUGGCUCGGCUAUCUACGAGGUCAAGCUCGCAUACCCCGCAUCCGAGUUGUCGAGCCUGGCUUCACAAUCACAACCGCUCACCCAUGGCCGUGAUACGCCCUGGCCUUUUGAUGGCCUGUCGCGUACAAUCUCCACCAUGUCCAACCUGGAAACCCUCGACGUUGCGGUGCCGGAGACGCUGCUACACGGCAUAGGCCAGUUAUUCAACAGCCCCUUUGACUUGGCUUGUUUGAAGUCAUGCACGCUCUUCUACCAGCGUGAGGAUGAUGGGUACUGGGAUUUGCAGGAGAACAUUCACAUCUUUGCUCAUCCUACGCUGGAGACGCUCGUCAUCAGGAGAGCAAAGCUGGAUCAUCGAGGUUUUGACUCGAUUGAGCGCCCUCACGAAACAGCUUUGAGCAAGCUGCACCUGAUCGAAUGUGACAUCAACGACGAGGCUCUCUCGGAUCUCUUGAUCUUUCCUAGAGCCCUGAAGGAGUUUGUCAUGACACAGACCGAGGACCCUGUCCCAGAGCUUGAGGAGAGCUCCGACAGCAUCAGAGACUACGUGAUAGCCCUCAGCUCAGCUUGCCAUUCACUCGAAACAAUCACAAUUGACUUCCCCAUGCUGCAAACCUCCAGGCCGCUGGCGCUACGAGACUUCGAGACCCUCAAGACCCUCCGCCUGAACUGGGAUCAUCAACUGUUCGGCAAGACAUCCAGGAAGCCGCGCAUGCAAUCCGUUGGACUGCCGCCGGAGCUGGAGACGCUGGAGUUCUUCAACAAGCUUGGAACCGAUGAGGAGGUCACUGACUUGUUUGUAUAUGCUAUUGAAAAUUUGCAUGUUACCGCCAGGAAGUUGAACAGACUGAUUGUAAGUGAAGGUGACGGCGAUGAUAGAAUUCCGACAGAGAUCGAGGAGGCCUGCGCGAAGCAGGAGCAAUUAGAACUUGACAUAAUUGGGAGGUUGGAGAGUCCGUGACUGGGAAUUACUGAGAGCAGAGCUAGGCAGGCAUGAGACCAAAUUAGAUGCUGAUCUCCUGGAUUUAUUACAUUGGAAUUGUACACUACGGACUUGGAAUUGACAUUCGUCCAUACUUGGUGACUAGCCUGAGUUCACUACUUACUGAUGCCACCGAAAGGAGACGCGUCAACCCGUACGGGAAGUUAAGUAUUGACUUGAUUGAUUAAAUAGUUGUAUAUGAGAAAAUCCUACCCCAAAAUGCGAG